AUGGCAUCUCUGCGCCCUGAAAACCCGCUCUCCUCCGCUGCGCACCUCUGCGUCUUUCUGCUGACCGCCUCGGCCUGGAUGGCACUGCCGGGACCCACGCGCUGUGACAGCGGGGCUUUAACCCGGCGCGGCCGGGAGGACCGUACGUUGGACAUGGGCGGCGGUGGCGGAGGCUCACCGCCGGGUUUACCUAAGGAUGUUGACGAGGGAGCCGUCGGCGCGGAGGGCUCACACCGCCUCAGGAGAGCGCUGUCCCGGGAUAAACAAAUGUCUCUGCUAAGCAGUUCGUUCGUGCUCAAAGGAGAUGCGACCCACAACCAGGCGAUGGUCCACUGGACAGGAGAGAACAGCAGCGUCAUCCUGAUCCUGACCAAGUACUACCACGCUGACUCUACAAAGGUGCUGGAGAGCUCGCUGUGGAGGUCUACAGACUACGGCACCACCUACACCAAACUCAACCUGAUGCCGGGGACAACCAUCGUGGUGACCAGCUUCUACAUCUGCCCGACCAACAAGAAAAAGGUGGUGCUGGUUGGCUCCUCCAUAAACGAAAGGGAUCAGAUGCUGUUUAUCAGCACGGACGAAGGCUCCUCGUUCCAGCGUCAGUCCAUCUCCUUCACCCCGGACACGCUCGUCUUCCACCCAAAGGAGGAGGACAAGCUCCUGGCGUACUGCAAGGAGGGCAGGCUCUUUGCAUCCACUGACCUGGGACGCAAGUGGACUCUGCUGCAGGAGCGUGUGACCAAGGACAGAGUGUUCUGGUCGAUAUCUGGAGUCGAUGUGGACCCUGAUCUGGUGCACAUGGAAAUGCAAGAUACAAGUGGAGGUUACCUGUAUGUCACCUGCCUGAUCCAGAACUGUUCAGACAAAAUGGUGACGGCUCAGUUCCUCGGCAAAAUCGACCACAACUCCCUCCUGGUGCAGGACGGCUACAUAUUUGUCAAGGUCACUACAGGGAAUCGCACCAAGCACUUUGUGUCCUAUCGGCGUAACGAGUUCGUCCAGAUGAGGUUUCCCAAGUACGCCUUGCCAAAGGAUGUUCAGAUUGUGAGUACAGAUGAGAACCAGGUCUUCCUCGCCCUUCAAGAGUGGUACCAGUUGGACACUUAUAACCUGUACCAGUCGGACCCUCAGGGAGUCUACUACUCCAUCGUCCUGGAAAAUGUCCGCAGCACCAAGCAGCCCGAGGAGAACACCCUCAUCGACAUACUUGAGGUUCGUGGAAUCAAAGGAGUCUUUCUGGCCAAUCAAAAGGUCGACAGCAAAGUAACGACUCUCAUCACCUACAACAAAGGAAGAGACUGGGAAUUCUUAGCCCCGCCCAACACUGACAUGAACGGGAAACCGGUCAGCUGCAAAGCGCCCGACUGUCACCUCCACCUCCACCUGCGUUGGGCCGACAACCCCUACGUGUCGGGGACGGUCCACACCAAAGACUCUGCUCCGGGUCUCAUCAUGGGUGCUGGUAACCUUGGCUCCAAGCUGGUCGAGUAUAAGGAAGAGAUGUACGUCACCUCGGACUGCGGGAAGACGUGGAAACAGGUAUUCGAGGAGGAGCACCACAUCCUGUACCUGGACCACGGUGGGGUCAUUGUGGCCAUAAAGGACACCUCCAUCCCCCUGAAGAUACUCAAGUUUAGCAUCGAUGAAGGACGGACGUGGACCGUGCACAACUUCACCAGUACCUCUGUUUUCGUUGACGGACUCCUAAGUGAGCCGGGAGAUGAGACCUUGGUUAUGACUGUGUUCGGCCACAUCAGCUACAGGUCAGACUGGGAGUUGGUCAAGGUGGACUUCAGGCAGUCUUUUCCCCGUCAGUGUACGGAGGCUGACUACGACUCCUGGCAGCUCACAGACCUGCAGGGAGAGAAGUGCAUUAUGGGCCAGGAGCGGAGUUUCAGAAAAAGGAAGGACACGGCGUUCUGUAUCAAAGGGAAAAGCUACACGUCGACUCUGACCUCUAAACCCUGUCAAUGCACGGAGAAAGACUUCAACUGUGACUAUGGUUUUGAACGGUCCCAAAUGGAGGGCAAACGCUGCUUCGCUGACUUCUGGCAUGAUCCAGAUUCACCACCUGAAGACUGCCAUCUAAGACAAACCUACGAGUCCAGCACUGGCUACAGGAAGGUGAUAUCCAACACGUGUGAAGGUGGGGUGAACAAGGAGCAGAGUGCCAAGCAGCACAACUGUCCUCUGCUGCCCCCUAAAGGACUGCAGGUCGGCAUCAAAGGGCAGAUGUUGGCCGUGGCACCUGGUGAUGACAUCACAUUUAUCGUCCACCAGGAACAGGGAGACACCAGCAGCACCAAAUACCAGGUGGACCUCGGCGACGGGGUCCGGGCCAUCUACCAGAACCUUACAGUGACGGACGAGCCCAUCCAGCAUCGCUACGAACAGCCAGGAGUUUACAAAGUUACAGUGAUGGCUGAGAACAUGGCGGGGCACGACGAGGCCACCAUGUACAUCCAGGUCACAGCCCCACUGCAGGAGGUUCACUUGGAGGUGGUUCCCAUCGCCAGGAGAAACCAGCAGGUGAAUCUGACAGCCAUAGUUCUUCCUACUGAAGCCAACAUGACCGUCUUCUACUGGUGGAUAGGAAACAACCUGCAGCCGAAGCUGACUCUGCAGAACAGCCUUCUGACUCGUUUCACAGAGACUGGAGACGUUUCGGUCACCGUCCAGGCUUCUAACGGCCGAUCCAUGGUGCAGGACACCAGGACCGUCCGAGUCUACGAUAACUUCCAGGUCAUCCCUCUGAGCUUCAGCAGGAACCUGGACCGCUUCAACCCAAACAUCCCCGAGUGGAGAGCCGACAUCGGCCAGGUGGUCACCAAAAUACUCACAAAGAUCACAGGUGUCCCUCAGGAGUCCCUGGUUACAGUGGUGAAUCCGGGCCUGCCCACCUCAGCGGACCUGUACGUCCUCCCACAGGACAGCAAACCAGACAAGAGGAACAUGUUUGUAGAUAAGCGUAUCCCAGCCAUCAUGCAGGCCUUUAACGACAACAACGUCAGCUUCGUGGUGCGGGGGGGUCUCAAAGUGCUGGUGAUGCUAGCAGACCCGAACGCAGGCUACCAUGGAGCUGCAGGAGGUCCGGGUGUUUGGGCUGGGGCGGUCAUCUUCCUUAUCAGCCUCAUCGCCACCGGAUCCUUUAUCCUGUACAAGUUUAAAAGUCCUUUGCUUAGGACUGAGGACGCCUAUCCCCCGCUGUUUUUCAGGAAGCUUCCGGGCAACCGCAACGUCUACGCCCAGAUGCACAACGAGAAGGAGCAGGAGAUGACCAGCCCCGUCAACCACAGCGAGGACACGCAGCACAUCAUCCAGGGCGAGGAGUUCAUCGACGACGACCUGGACUCGCAGACUCUAGGUAACGCAGGAGGUAGCCCCGCCUUCCGUUCCCUUAUAAGGACUACCACUAACCACUGCUACUAAAACCCAAGCCACUAACACCAGCAGCUAACACACACCAAGGCAACCACUCAGGUGUUGUCCUGAGCAUCAACUCCAGAGAACUGCACAGUUACCUGACCAGCUGAUGGCUGCCAUGGCAACGCUAACGAGCUAGCUCAGCCUAGCCGGCUAACGAGCACAGGGACUCCACUCUGCCUUCCUCCUUUUUUCUCCUCUCUCUCUUUUUUUUCGUCUUUUCCUCGUCUUCUUGGGACACUUCACCUCCACUCCACAGCCUCCUCAACCCUUCUGCUCCAGCUUUGGUGUCAUGUUUUAUUUCUCUGGAGAAAGGACUGUCUUCUUCUUCAUGUCGAACCUGGUUUUCCGCCAGCUCCAUCUCUAUCUGAGAUGGGAGGCGCUCUGCUUUACUUCUUUUUUUUUCACUUCCUGCAGCAGCCCUGGAGACGAGCACUGACACCCUUAGAGGUCGGAGGUUUUAAUGACGUCACACUGAGAAUCCUCACUUAUCUGUGUUUUUGAAGAACAAAAAGUGUGUGUGCGCUGUCUGUUACUUAUCAAUACUCAAAAUUAGCAAGCAUGACUCACUGCAGGUGAAGGUGUGACCAUCCAUUGCCGGCAGGCCGUAGCCACAGAGGACUGCUGUAUUUUCUCAAAGCAUAAAGGGUGAUGUGACCAAGGUUGUAAAGUGAGAUUCACCAUAUUCAUAGGGUACCAAUUUACCUCUGGCUUCGUUCUCAUCUGGGGAAGCUUGAAUGCUGUAAUUAUUUUCCACUAUCAUGUUUGAGAAAGAAAGUCAUACACUGUAAACAGAGGAUUUAUAAGGAUGCUUUCACAGCUGGAUAGUUUGGAGAAGUUGCUCUGAAACAGGGGGUGUUUCUCCUCCUCUGCCCGGUCCGUUUGGACAAAUGUGAACACUGCAAUCACACUCUGUGGUGGAACAAAACAAGCAAGCCGAUAUUGCCUAAGAGGUGGUCUUGGAUCGCUUCCAAAGGUGUGCACAGUUAAACAGAAAUGUUACUGUGUUAACCAUUAGCAAAGACCUGGAUAUCAGUUAAUCACUUACUCCCAUUAUUAAUGAACUGAAGUUAACAUUGACUUUACAGUUUUAUCAAAAAACAAGAAAAACACAGCUUUUGAGGUCUUAAGAGGCCAUGAAGAACUCUACAUUACACACCUGUCUGAAUUGAAAAUCUUCAAUUAGUGGAAACUUUUUUUGAUAUCGCCUUGCAGACUGUAAGUGUGUUAUCACCCUAAUUUACAUAACUGCUAAUGCUACACAACGCUAGCAAGCUACGAUUCUCUCGGACCAUGUGCCCAUUUCAAAACUAAAGCAACACAGGAGCCACAAUCUACGCAUCUGUCAGACCACCAACGAAAACAAGAUUUAUUUUUCUUACUGUCUGAAGGUCGACUGUAGCUUCUCUUGCGGUCAUAAUAUUCCAACAACAACGAUCCUGCUGCAUCAAAACAGUCCCUACAAUCCAAAUCCAGAAAAAGAUUGAAUCCAAACACAUUACAUCCAUAAAGAUGAACUGAUUGCUGACGAAAAUGUCCAACUUUUUCCAAAUUUUUGACUGUAUUAUCUCUGUACUAAUCCAUGAAGCUUUUAAUUGACACCUCAUUUGAAGUGGUCGAAUCCUAACGUUUUAAUGUUCAGACAUGUUUAUAAAACUUGGAACCUUCAACACAGAAUUCAGACGUAAAACCAGCUCGGGUUGCUUUACGAUACUAGAUUUUUAAGCACCAUAUCAUACCUGUUGAGGUACCACAGGGGAAAAAACAAGUCCUUGAUAUCUGAUAUUGGGUUACUUCUUGUUUAUGAUUAUCAAAACAAUGCAAACUGCACAAAAACAUAAAUCAGCAUGUGUGCAAUCUAGACAGCGCUGUCUCUCUCUUCCUCACAGUUAAAAAUAUGAUUGAGGAUCUGACGUUUACAAAAUGAAAGAUUCUUUACUUCUCGAUACUACGGAUAAUUAAAAUCACAGAGAGAUUGCAUGGUUUUCAAACACGUAGUCUCACAAAGUACCGGACAAUGUUGACAACUUUACUAGCAGCUUCUGAAGCCACAAUGAGCUCCAGGUCACUGAGAAAUGGCCGCCAUGUGAAUAUGAUGAAUUUCAAAGAUAUGAAAUUGUUACUCUUGCUCUUUUUUGUGUUUAUCUCUCUUUUAUUCCCACGAUGACUCUCUUCACAGGCAAUAAUAUGCUCUCUGUGGAAUGUAGGAUUGCAUAAACCCUUGUGAAUUUGCAUAAUGACAAGCAUGCAAACACAAGAGGGCGGUGUUGCACUUUUUUGUAAAAUCCCACUCACAGGUACAAGGAAGAAAAACAAAGCUUAAAGUCCCAGAGCAGUCUUAAGACUUGUAUGUUUGUUUUAAGAUCAGAUCACAGCAGUUUGUUGGGAGUGGGGGGGGGGUUUAAAUCAGCACCACCUUUUUGUCCGUCCCAUGGUGCCUAAAACAGCAGAUCUGAAUCUGCUCAGUAACAUUACCUGUUGAGUUUAUUUAUUUCUAGUAACAGAACGCCUCUUCCUCCUCCCCCCCCCCCCCACUUGUCCUGGAUCAGAGAGACUCCUGGAGACAAAGGCCGCUGUCAUGGAGGGAAGGUGUAGUUGAUAUUUUAGUGUAUCAGCCUAUAUUAGGCGUUGCCCGCAGUGGAAUCAUGUCUCCUUAAAGGUUCGGUUUGUUUGUAUGUAAAUGUGUAAAUAUGAUCAAUCUCCACUUUGUACAUACUCCCUUUGACAUGUGUGAGUGUUUUACACUUCUACCAAAACACACAGCAUUAUUUUUGUUUUUUAGAGUGAACCUUCAUCGAGUCGAGUGAAUUUGAAAAACUCUCACUGUUUACAGUUUCAUCAACGCCAUUGCCUGCUUCCCAUGUACGCAUUUUUUCGAUUCUUUCGGUGUGAUCUCAUGUGUAAGAUAAUUUUUUCCGUCUUCAUCGUUAACUGAAAAUUAAUUCAUUCUCUCAUAAAGAUACUCACGACGACACAGUGGAAACUAUGUAUAUGGAUAUUUUUGAUAUACUCGUCAUUUUUCUCAACACGUGUGAACACUGGUUAAUGUUUCUGUUGCCUUUUUGAUGACAUUUUGAUUGGUUGUGUGAUUGCACUAACGAUGUAAGCUGAGCUGCAGACACGUACCUGAGUAAGUCCGCACACUCUCCACGGACAGGUCUUUGGACAAAAGGCCUUUAAAGACUAAAAAAUACCACAAGCACCACCCCUCAGUUCGUCUUAUAUUUGAUACAAACAGACCACAUUCACUCGUUCUGGUUUACGCUUCAUCUUUUGUACAUAUUCUGCUCAUGGUCGACUUGUUCUUAGUUUUCUAGUGAUGUGUCGUCAUUGUGUCGGGGGGGAGGGGGGGGCGGAGAGUGGGAAUGGUGGAUAUUCCAAUAUAAUAGGGAAGGAGUUUCACAGCUGAUGGCACCAAUCAAGCAGUUUUGACCACACCGUUUUGUUUUGAUUCUGUUCUUCUUUCCUGCGGUACGUUCGAUUUGUUAAGUUUUGCUAUUAAAACAAUUGUGUGUCCUCAUCAGGGAGCGUUGUGCACUCAACCUGCAUACUGGAAUAAAUCACUCCCAUAACUUGUA